UCAAAUUUAUGAAAAAUUUGAAGAUGCUAUACAUGCACUUGGCCUUUUAGAUGAAGAAAAUAAUGAAUUUGAUAAGAGGCUAACACAAGAUUUAUUUGAUAAUAAUUAUCAAUCAUUAAUUGAAGAUUAUUGUAGAGCUAUAAAAAAAGAUCUUACAGAUUUAACUUCUGAACAAGUUAAAUUAUUUAAAACAAAGGCUUUAAUAGAUAUUGAAAAAUAUCUAAUUCAUUUUAGAAAAAACUUGGUUGAUUUUAAUUUCGAUAAACUUGAUUAUACUUUAGCAGAUUUAACUCCUGAAGAAAUUAAUAUACAAUAUCAACUUUUAAUGACGAAAAUUAUUUAA